AUGUGGGGCCUUCUCCUCCUCUUCCACUUCAUAUCGGUGGUGUCACCUUCGAGCCUCCACAAGACGUUGAACCACAUCAAAGCGGCCAGCGACAAAGCUUUCCAUGACGCGCUAUUGCAACAACUUGCCAAUUCGCGCGCGAACGCGUCAAACACACAUUUGGACGAUGACUCCCUGGUCUCCAGCGUAGACUUGAGCAUUGACAACGUCGUUUUAGCGGCAGCUGCAAACAGUACCGGGUCUUGGGCGACUGGAUCCACCUCCUCUUUCCAGCUCUAUACUCAGAACACCUUACCAACAUCCCCUGCCCCCAACUCAGCAUGCGCAUCGGCCCUAACCGCGACUCUGAGCUGCAACUCUACCAUUCCGCUCAUGAGCUCUUAUCCUUACCUGAUGAUAAACGACCUCGCUACCGUCUGCACAUCCACCUGCACGACCUCUUUGGCUAAUUAUCGAGCAAACGUUGCGACGGCCUGCAAAAACUUUGGUAUUUCCGGGGCCAACAAUGUCUCGUACCUUCCGACACUUGCCAUCGAUACGAUUGCAGGCCCGUACCAGGCUCAAUGUCUUCAGGACCCAACCUCCGGCAAAUUUUGUGAACCGCUUCUUGCCUCGUUUAACACUACGGGUGGUUUGCUCUCACUCCCAACUUCGCAACUCUGCACGUUCUGCACGCUCAAGACCCUCAAUGUCACCCUUUCAAAUCCCGUCACAUAUUCAACUCCUGUGGCCGCACUUCUGUCUUCUGCUAUCACUCAGUGUGGAAGCCAAUUUAACUCGUAUAAUGUUUCGACCCCCGGUACUGGAACAAUUACCACUCCACCAUUUGGUAGCCCUCCAUCUGCCAACCCCGCGGGUGAUUGUGCAGUUAGCGGUCACAAUGUUUCCGUGACUACAAAUACAAGCUGUUCAGCUCUCGCUCAGACGAACAGCGUAACUGUUUACUCCAUUUUGUCGUCCAACUCUUUCCUAUCUGGAUCUACGGACUGUACGGUCAAGGCUGGCUCGAACGUAUGCGUGUUCAAAGCUUGUCAUCUCUACCGUGUCGCUGCCAACGACACUUGCGAUAGCAUUGCAGAUAGCUCAGCUUCAAUUACUGGGACCAAAAUCACCACAACCCAGCUUCAGUCCUUCAAUCCGGACCUGGGAACCUACUGCCAACUCAUCUCGGCGAAAGUUGGACAGAAUAUCUGUUUGACGCCUAAUGGUGGAUUUCCCGAUGUCGGAGCUGGUACCGACAACAACAUUCCAUCCGGAACCCCAACUGCGAAAGCUCCCAUCCCGACGCCGACUGUCGCUGGCACAACAAGCAAUUGCGGCAGAUACUACCAAGUCAAACAGGGCGACAUCUGCAACAGUGUUGUUCUCGCCAACUCCAUUUCGUUGCCCGACUUCUUGGUCUUGAAUCCCGAAAUCGACACUAAUUGCACAAAUCUAUGGCUGGACUACUAUUAUUGUGUUGCGGCAUUCCCGCCUCUAUCGACCGUGUCUGCUCCACCAGUGGUCACCACGAACUACACAAGCGCUAGCGUUUUCCAGUAUUCGCUGCCAACUCAGUCAUACACUGCUUCCUUCGCGACCCAGAUCCUUACAGCAGCUGGUGUUCCGGUCCCGACCAACAUUGCUAAAGGAACACGACCGGUUAACUGCGGGUUUUAUUAUACAGUACAGUCUGGGGAUACCCUUGCGACCAUUUCCAACACCACUGGGCUCAAUGCGACAUUACUCGAAACAUGGAAUCCGCAGCUGGCCGCAUCCUCGCCGGUCGCAGGCAGCGCACUAUGUGUUGUCUUUCCCAAAGGCAAUUAUACGCUUUCGACUGCUCCGAUUCCCAGCAACGUAGCUCCCAACGUGACCACCGCUAACUGUGCUGAAUAUGAUACCAUCGUUUCUGGCGACAGCUGCACGACUGUCGAGAAGCGGAACUUCAUCGAUCACACCCAGUUUUUGAAGCUCAACCCUGGCAUUAAUUCUCAGUGCAGCAACAUCGUACUCGGUCUCGCAUAUUGCGUCUUCUCCAUCUUCCCCCCAUCGACUUCAACUUCCACAGGGCCGCCGUCAAACGUGGCUCCAGGGACAAUUACGGACGGCUGCACUUCUUACUACACCGUUGUCUCUGGCGAUGGUUGCGCGAGUAUUGAGAGCAAGUUUAACUUGACAUUGGCACAAUUCAUUCAAAUGAAUCCUGAACUCAACUCACAAUGCACGAAUCUCGCGCUCGGGGAAGCGUACUGUGUCGCUUCUAGCAACAGUACCGGCCCUCCGAGCAAUGUUGCGCCUGGGACCAUUACUGCUGGCUGCACGAAAUACUACACGGUCGUGUCUGGCGACGGCUGUGCGAGUAUCGAAAGUCGCUUCAAUCUCACGCUCGCGCAGUUCAUCCAGAUGAACCCGGAGCUCAACUCUCAGUGCACCAACCUGGCGCUCGGCGAGGCUUACUGUGUUGCAUCGAGUAACAGCACCAGCUCCGGACCGCCUGCGAAUGUCGCGCCUGGCACAAUCACGGCUGGCUGCACGAAAUACUACACGGUCGUGUCUGGCGACGGCUGCGCAAGCAUUGACAGCCGCUUCAACCUUACUCUCACCCAACUGAUCCAGAUGAACCCCGAGCUCAACUCGCAGUGUACCAAUCUCGCGCUUGGGGAGGCUUAUUGUGUUGCGUCGAGUAACAGCACAAGCACCGGGCCGCCAUCGAACCUCGCCACAGGUUCCUUCAGCAACUGCACCUCCUACCACACUGUUGUGAGCGGCGACACCUGUAAUGCCAUGGACACAUCGGCCAAGAUUGCGUUCUCCGAUUUCUUGCACUGGAACCCAGAAAUCAACACGGCGUGCACCAACAUCCAGCUCGCCGCGGCAUACUGCGUUGGAGGAGGGGGAAGUCCGUGUGGGAAACUGUACACUGUCGUGUCUGGCGAUUCGUGUUCGGCAAUUGUGACCAAGCAGAGCGUGACCCAGGCGAAGCUGAAUAGCCUGAACCCGUGGAUCAACUCUGGUUGCUCUAACCUUGCUGUUGGUCAGAAUGUCUGUGUUGGAUAG